AUGACUCUUCCCAGGGCCAGCUCAGCCACCAGAGGGCCAGAAGAGACCCAGGGGGCCAGAGGAGAACGGGUGGCACUGGUCAACAUGGAACUUCUUGGGUUGCCUAACAUUGGCAACACUUGCUUCCUUAACGCCACCCUGCAAUGCCUCCUGGUCCUGCCAUCAUUCUCAAAGGAAAUCCUGAACCAGGAACAACUCUGGAGCUCCUCCCCCUUCUCCAACCUGCUCAGGUGUCUGUCUGAUGUGCACCGUUCGGGUCGACCUGACAGUGUGGCAAACCAGGCCUCAAAAGCAGACCUCAUGUGGAAGGUCAAGUACUCCUUGUCGGGAUACGAUUUGAAGUAUCUGGGGGACACGCAACAGGACGCACACGAGUUACUUGUGGAUAUGCUGUGCCAGCUGAAGGAGGAGGGCAUGAUUCUGAAGACACUCGGGAUGAACUAUACCUGCCCUGUUUCCCAGCUGGAGUUCCAACUUGUGUCGGUGCGCACAUGUACCAGCUGUGGGCGCGAGUCGUCUACCAGAGAGGACUACAACCACCUCUCAUUGGACUUCAGCCCUGAGCGCACCUUGCUGAGCAGCCUGGCACUCACUUUCAAAAGUGAAAAGGUUGAAUUCACAUGUGAGGGCUGUAAAGGCCUCCACGCCUCAAAGGUGGAGCAGUUCCACACACUGCCUCUUGUGCUGGUUCUGCAUCUGAAGAGGUUUGGAGGACCUGGGGGGUUGGAGAAGCUGGAGGCUCCUCUUUUGUUUCCUUCGGAGCUGAGGCUCUCCACCCUCUGUGGGGACAUGGUGCCACACCUGCACAGUGCCAGCCCACAGGCCCUCACCAGCCAGGCCCCCAGCAUCCAGGGGUCCAUCCCCCAGACCCUCGCCAGCCAAGUCUCCAGCCCACCUGGAGAGACCAAAGACAGCGCCCUCUUCUGUUCAGAAGCAGAAGCCAGUGCAGUCAGUGAAUGGUUACUACCAGCUGACUGGCGUCGUCUCUCAUUUGGGAGGCUCCGCAAACUCCGGGCAAGAGAGCGGGAGGCCCCAGCACACAGGGCCUAACAGGGCCACCAGCAUCAGCCCCAGCCUAAACAGGGGCAGCACCUGGACCAGCACUCAGACCUGACUCAACAGGGGUAGUACCAGGCCCAGCCUCAAACCCCCAGCCCAGCCUCAACAGGGGUAGUACCAGGCCCAGUCUCAAAACCCCCAGCCCAGCCUCAACCCUCACACACCUGCCUCGAAAGGGGUAGCAUUUGGCCCAACAUCAAAAACCCCGAGCCCAGCCAUAACAGGGGCAGCACUGGGCCCAACAUCAUCACACCCAGCCCAGCCUCAACAUGGGAAGAACCAGGCCCAGUCUCAACAUGGGCAGAACAUGACCCAGCCCCAACACCCUCAGACCUGCCUCAACAGGUGCAGCAUUCAGCCCAACUUCAAUCAUGCUGCUCUUCAACACUAGCAUGAACAUUCUUUCAGUAGCUUAUGUCAUCAAUACCUGCCCUUGUCUUGACUACUUCACCUAAUGUAUAAAGUAUACACACUAAAUGUAGUACACAUGUAGAUGUGGUGGACAGAGAGUGUGAUUAUUUAGAGGGUAUAACUUCCCUUCUAUUUGGUUUGGUUUGAAAUCCUCCUGUUGUGAAAUACACUGUGGUGUCUAACCUCUUAUUCAGCAUGGUCACACCGGAUGACCUGCAAUAUUAAUAAAGACAAGCAAAUGUAAGAAAAUCCCAUUUAAGAUGAUUCUGUUGACCGUUGUAACUCUUUAACUCAGGAAGAUUUAUGGUCUGGGAUUCAGGCCGGUCCUAACAGGAAACGUGACAAAGGGAAGCAGCUGUAAUGGAGCCUUCUAACACCAAUCAGGUCUGGAGGAGGAAUGUCACAUAAAGAUUCAGAGGUGCUAUGAGUAUCUUUUGAAGUUACUCUCCAGUUGUAUUCCAUUUGAAUAAAUACAGACAUGAAAAUGCUGGGCUACGGAUGUGACCUUGGUUCUGUGAGUAGAGUAACGGGUCACCAAACGACCUAUGGGAACUCCUUCCCUUUAUCGUGAUGUGAUUGAGAUGCUUAAUAUCAACGAUGUUUACAAUGACGCCACACCCUUACUGUACCAUUGUGACCUGUCACUAUUAAAGGCUGUGUGACGUGACACUCUGUCUUUUCUUA